AUGACCAAAACACCCACUCCACAAUCAUCCAACAACAAGAUUGUAACAACUAUAGCUUCAUCGUCCAACAACGUGGUAACAGCUACAUCGCCAUCCUCUCAACAAUCAUCCAAAAACAAGGUUGUAACCACUAGUGCUUCAUCAUCCAACAACGUGGAAACAAAUACAUCGCCAUCCUCUCAGCUGCCAUCCAACGUAGAAGCAUUGGCCGUUUCUCAAGAAAAUUUGGCUGAUGAAAAAAUGUCGGUAGAUCAAAUAUACAACGCCUUAAUCAACAACGAUCAUAAGGCAAUGGCUUCGUUCUAUUUUUCUCUUUCCGAUUUACCUCAACAAAUUCGUGGCUUAAAUGAAACACUGACAAAAAUGGAUGCGAGAAUCACAAGCUUGGAUAUGAGAAUGACAAACUUGAUGUUUUCGAAGAUGUAUUAA